AUGGCAGAAUCGACGCAGAUCUUUAUCAGGCUCGAUGAGGUUCUCUCGCUAUUCCGAGUUCGUAGCCAAGUGCCCUACUACCUGCAACUCAAGGCUGGUGUCGAACGGGCUAGCGGGAAGCGGUUCGCUAAGGUCGUGUCGUUCAAACGUGUAGUCCUCGUUGGAUACGCACUUCAGGGACGACUACUUCAAGUCGUGUUUGCGGCCGGUGGCCUCCUCGAGCUGGAGUGGCGCGAGGAAGAAUGUGAAGUCGACUCUAUGGGCACGAGCCCGCUUCGGCGUCUAGUCGUUAUCCAGAGAGAUGCCACUGGUGCUAUACUGACUAAGCGACUUGAUGCCAAGGAGGCGCUGGCGAGAGCUGACGUUGUUCGAACGCAGCUCGAGAAGCUUCUAGCGGAGCAGGUUAGCAAGAGAAGAAUUGUGGUAGCUGCCGAGUUUUACCCUGCUCCGCAGGAAAGGAGUUGCAGUGACCCGAAGAAGUUCCUCACUGAUGAGGCUGAUCCGGUGCCGCAAGCAGCAUUACCAAGCAACCCCUAUGAGGCUUCUCCGGCAGUAAGCUCGACACCGGUCCUCCGCGGUCGAGGAACACCGAGUCCAGAUGUGACGCCGCAGACGCCUUGUAGCCUAGUGCUCUCGGGAGUUCGAGCGAGGCGGCGAGAGAGGCUUGAAUUGAGUUCGUCUCCAUUUGUACCGGUUAUUCUUCCGCAGCUGUCCGAGCCCAUGACUCCAGCUCGUACUCCCUCCGUCCGAGACAACAUCCGGAGUCGAUCAGCGAGCAAGACGCCGGCUGAGCGACGGCAAGAGAUGAGGGAGAGGGUCCGGGCCAAGGAAGCAAAGGAGAAGGAAGAUGCACAAAUCUAUGAAGAGGACCUGAAAUGGCGCGAGCUACUCAGCUUCUUCGAGCUUCUGUCUUCAAUCGUAUCAGAGCUCAGUCGUCUUUUCUUUAUGAGAGGGCAUCCCUCGAUGAAGCUACAAGACGUGGUGAAGCACUUCAUGUCGGCCAAUGGCGGUGGGCGACGGUACAAGGCACUUGGGACUCGAGUCAUGGAGGACUAUCUUCGGCAGACGGCUGACUUAGCGCCGGAAUGGAUCAAGAUCGUUCAUAGCACGAUCGAUAAUAGAACGGAGAUGCUGAAGAUGAACAUGUCGGCAAAAUCCAAGGCCGUCCUCAGCAAAAUUAAGGAUAAAAAGGAAGCGUUGACCGCCGAAUACACCGAGUGGCAGUCGAAGCUUCCGACAUCUCCACGACUUAUACCUUCAACCGGCGGAUAGUCAGCACACUACCAA